GUGCAGGCGCCCGCCCGUUGGGUGACCAGAAGUCGGAGUUUCCCACACCUCUCCAGAGAGGGUCCCAGGAGGCCCUGCCCGGCAAGCAUCCUGACUUAGGACUUCCCUUUCCUGCAGGGGAGCAAUGAGGCAGGGAGCGGGCCUGGUCCCGCCUCUGGUGCUCUGCCUCUCACGUGCCCAUGGCCUCUCCCAGCCCGGUACUAAGCCAUGUCAUGAGUCUGGACCUUGUGGGAGAUUAACUCUUGGGUAUGGGAGCGCUUUGGAGGAGAAAUGACAGGUUCAGGGUCACCAACAGGCAGGGGCAGCUGUCAUACUUGAUAGAUCCUGCUCCUGGGAGUCUACGACAGAGAUGGUCAGGAACCCCGGCUGGAAAAGGUAGCCAAGAAGGGGGUCUGGGCACUCCUGGCCCGUGCCAAGCCGCGGCUGACCGGCUUCCGCUUCCCUGACUCUGCCUCUCAGUCCUCCCCCCCUUCCCCCCACAUAUACUUAAUACCUCUGGCACCCAGUCCACCCGCCGUGGACUUUGGCCUCAGCUGUAGCUCGUGCGGGAGCCGGGAGGACUGGGAGCAAAGGAAGAAGCGUCUGGUGCAGCACCUGCCAGCUUUCCCCAGAGGAGCUCCCCAGUGGGCGUGUGGGUGCUGGUCCCACCCGGCAGCCCGGCUGCCACCUGCAGAUCACGUGGGCUCGGCCAUGUGGCUGCCUGUGCUGCUGGGAGUCUUACUCUGGGCAGCACUGUGGCUGCUCAGAGACCGGCAGAGCCUGCCCCCCAGCAAUGCCUUCGUCUUCAUCACCGGCUGUGACUCUGGCUUCGGGCGGCUCCUGGCACUGAGGCUGGACCAGAGAGGCUUCCGAGUCCUGGCCAGCUGCCUGACCCCCUCGGGGGCAGAGGACCUGCAGCGGGCUGCCUCCUCCCGCCUCCACACCACCCUGCUGGACGUCACCGACCCCCAGAGCGUCCAGCGGGCAGCCAAAUGGGUGGAAACAUAUGUUGGGGAAACAGGGCUUUUCGGUCUGGUGAAUAAUGCCGGUGUGGCUGGUGUCAUUGGGCCCACACCAUGGCUGACCAGGGAUGACUUCCACCGGGUGCUGAAUGUGAACACACUGGGUCCCAUCGGGGUCACCCUUGCCCUGCUACCUUUACUGCAACGGGCCCGGGGCCGGGUGAUCAACAUCACCAGCGUCCUGGGUCGCCUGGCAGCCAAUGGUGGGGGCUACUGUGUCUCCAAGUAUGGCCUGGAGGCCUUCUCAGACAGUCUGAGGCGGGAUGUGGCUCCUUUUGGAGUACGAGUCUCCAUCGUGGAGCCUGGCUUUUUCCGAACCUCUGUGACAAAUCUGGAGAGUUUGGAGAACGCCCUGCAGGCCUGCUGGGCACGGCUGCCUCCAGCCACACAGGCAAACUAUGGGGAUGCCUUCCUUACCAAGUCCUCAGGACCCAGAAGAGGGCCCGAGAUGGGCUACAGUGGGACAGGGACACUGAUUCCAACCACCCACUGGGCUGCAGACCUGGAAGUGCAGCAGCAUGUCAUGAACCUCAUCUGUGACCCGGACCUGACCAAGGUGAGCAGGUGCCUGGAGCAUGCCUUGACUGCUUGCCACCCCAGAACCCGCUACAGCCCAGGCUGGGACGCCAAGCUGCUCUGGCUGCCAGCCUCCUACCUGCCAGCCAGCCUGGUGGAUGCUGUGCUCACCUGGGUCCUUCCCAAGCCUGCCCAGGCAGUCUCCUGAACCCAGUCUUCCAGCAAGAGAUUGUUCUUCAAAUGCAAGAACUUCAUUCCUGUCCCCACCCUGGUACUGGCACAAAACAGGCACUCAAUAAAUGUGUUUUUAAA